AUGUCUCACCCCAAUGCUCAGGAAGACACGCUACCUUUCUCGACUUACAGCACGUCGAUCCUGCAGGGGUUGGAGCAGUACAUCGUCAACGCGCUUCCCAGUCAGCAUACCCUUGAGAUUCCCGUCGACACAUCGCUCUGCGUCUCUUCGGCUCGGCAGAUCAGAUUGCUGGAAGACCAGAUCUUCGCGGCGAUCAAGCAUCUCCUGGCUGAAGAGUCUGACGCAUUUGACCAGGUUAACAUCACUUCGAGCAAGCCGGGAGACGAGAUGCUGGCGAAGGUACACAAGCUCGACGACUUCUGCGCCUCGGUCGGGCAGCUGAUUCUCAACACGCUCAAGAAGGCGGAGGGAGGCGGAGGAAGGGACUGGAUGGAAGAAACGAAACAAGACCCAAUGUCCUGGGUGAAGCACGACAGUGCGACGGAGGAUUGCCGGGGAGAGGACUCCUUCUUCCAGAAACACCGGUACGAGCUACCGGCGUGUCCGGGGGAGGGAUACGAGAAGACGCAGCUGGUCAUCUUUGACCCAACCACCACGGUCGGUCUCACUGAAGAUGGCGACUUGCGGUACAUGACCCACUUUUCGAUCUCUAUGGGCGAAGAAGGGGAGACGGUCAACCCGGACAGUUUCGGCCCCAAUCUGAAGUACUCCCGGAAGGUGAUUGGUGGGUUGGAGGAUGUGGCCAGUACGGUGCGGCUGAGGAGAGAUCUCGCUGGAAAGGUCACCAUACCCAUGAGCUCAGGCCUGUCUCAGAGGGGAUCGCGCAGCCUGUUCGCGGGCAUGCCCUUUGCCGACAUGCCAGUGAGCAGUUGGCCGAAGGCAUUUUCGGAUCUGAGAUCUCAAUACAAGACGAUUGUCGGGAAGGCUGCAGCCAUGUUCGCACAAGAAGGUACAAUGGUGGAGGAAGUCAGGCUGCCAGUGAUCAAUCUCAGGCAUCUUCCAGCGUGCUUUACGAAUGAGAUGCUGGAACAAGGUGCCGAGAGGUACCAACUGGUCGGAGACGAACCCUCAACGGUUUUGGAUUGA